AUGCUACUGUUGGUCCUAUCCAAACCGUUUGUAUAUUUUAAUUUCUGCAGGAGUAUUGAUUGGUGGCUCGACAAGUCCCUCUGGAUUUUUCUCAGCGUGAUGAAGGUCCUCUGUCUACACGGGAGGGGCUCCAACAACGAACCGCAUUCCGUGCCGAAUUGGAUGACUUUACCUUCGAAUACGUGCAGGGCACUGUUCCACAUACUGAAGGUAUCCGGCCUAGAUAAGUUUUUAGCCGAUGGAAACUGGUCCCUCUAUACGACCGCCUUCCCCGACAAGCCGCUGUACGGCUAUUAUGACCCCCUGCGACCCUCGUCCAUUAUCCAGGCAGAGGAUGACCUCCUCCAGUUGAUCAAGGAGGAAGGGCCCUUUGACGGCGUCCUGGCCUACUCCGGGGGCACCGCCCUGGCCGCCCAAGUCAUCAUCCGCGACGCGCUGGAGAAUCCCUUCAAAAUGGCCGACGAGAGACCGUUCCGAUUCGCCGUCUUCAUCAACGGCGUGACUCCCCUCAGAGUGUUCUCGCUGGCAGACGAGAAGCUCCAGGAGGACGUAACGAUCGAGGAUUCGCCCAUUGUCAAGGAGGCCUCCGCUCUACUCCUCCGCGAUUCGGCGACUCGAGUCCGCAAGGGCAAGGCGUUAUUCCCCGACGACCAUGACCCAGCGGCCGUCAAGGAGGAGUUGAACGCGCUGCAGACGAAAAUGCUGGCUGACGGACGGCUGUGUUUCACCGAUGGCACGUACGGGAUUACGAGGUACGAUGCGGACAUCGACGGCGUGCUGAUCGACAUGCCGACGCUCCAUGUCCGAUGUCCCGAAGAGAAAGACGUCCAUCACGGCUUGCACAUGACCAAGUUGUGCAAUCCGGAUCUGUUGACUGAGUACCAUCAUCAUCAUGGCGAGGAUUUCCCAAGAGGCCAUGCUGAGAUGAAGAAGAUUGCCCAACUGAUCCGAGAGACGGCGGAGCGGGCGUGA